AUGCCUAUGCGAACUUUAUUCCCUGAGAGCUGGCUCUGGAGGCAAUUUACUCUGCCAAAAAGCAACCCAGGGUCUGCCACUUCCGACAUCUCCCACUACUACACCCAAAUGAACUUGCCAGAUUCCAUCACCACGUGGCAGAUCGUGGCUGUCAGCCUCAAGGCUGGACAAGGUCUCUGUGUCUCAGAACCCUUUGAGCUGACAGUCAUGAAAACGUUCUUUAUGGAUCUUAAGUUACCCUCCUCCGUGAUCAGGAAUGAGCAGAUCCAGAUCCAGGCCGUGCUGUACAAUUUCAGGAACCAGAAGGCCAAGGUCCGCGUGGAGUUCCCCCACAAGGAGUCGCUGUGUAGCGCAUCAAAGUCUGAAGUCCCAUGGCGCCAGGCAGGGGGGGAGAUACUGAAAAUAUCGGAUAGUACCCUCCUGAACCCCCAAGGUAAUACCCAGACAUUGCUGGUGCGAAGACAGGACUUUUUUAACAAGGUCCCUGACACAGAGGCAGAAGUGUUUGUCAGCAUCCAAGGUUACACCCAGAUGCUGACCCACCGGAAUGAAGACGGCACCUACAACACCAUCAAGGGAAGCCCAGGAAACACCUGGCUCACAAGCUAUGUGCUCCGGAUCUUCUUCCUGGCCUACCAGAACAUCGCAGUAACUGCGGUGAAUCUGGAUUCUCUCUGCGCCAUGGCCAGCUGGAUCAUCACCCAGAGACAGGCGGGGAACGGACAUUUUCUGGAUGUGGGCCUUCCGAUCAUGUCAUCCAUGCAGGGUGGCUACACAGGCUCCGAGGCCGACGUCUCCCUCACAGCUCAUGUCCUGAUCGCCUUGGAUGAGGGGAAAGAAUUGUGCAUCCAGAAGAUACCGGAUUUAACUGCCAGUAUGGAGAGAGCCCGUGGCUUCCUGGAGAGACGCCUCCCCAACAUUCAAACAACCUUUGCUAUUGCCAUAGUCUCCUAUGCUCUGGCCCUUACCAACAGCCCCCGAGCCAAUGACCGCCUGGACAGUUUUGCCAGUCAUGGUGGGUGCGGGGCACUUCUUAACCAUCUUUCCCUGUAUACCAUCGAGGCCACAGCUUACGCACUGAUGCAGAAACUGAAGCUGCAUCGGCACAAUGAGACGCACGCCAUCGCCAAGUGGCUGGUGGAGAAGCGGAAGCUGGGCGGAGGGUUUGACUCCACUCAGACCACGGUGGUUGCCAUCGAAGCCCUCACCCGCUUCAGCGAAGCUGUACCCUUCGAAGGCACCCAGGAUCUCCAUGUCCAGAUCAGUGUCCCCAAGAGAGACUUGAACUAUGAAUGGGACAUCGAUCAGAACAAUGCCUACCAGCUGCGGUCAGCAAAGUUCUUUGCCCAGGACGACCUAGAGAUCAAAGCCAGCGGCAACGGGAGAGGCACAAUAUCUGUCCUGACCGUGUACCACAAGUCCUUGGAAUCUUGGGAAGACACCUGCAACCUGUUCACACUGAACGUGACUCUCCAUGCCCAGAAAGAGAAUAAAAUUGAAGAAGAGACCUUCUGGCUCCAGAUGAAAACAAGGUUCAAGGAUGAUCGAGAGGCCACAAUGAGCAUCAUGGAGGUCUCUAUGCUCACUGGCUUCUACCCCAAUCAGAAUGACCUCAAACAGCUCACAGACAAUGUGGAGAUGUACGCCUUCCAGUACGAAACCAAGACAUCCUCCAGUGACAGCACCGUUGUCCUCUACCUGGAGAAGGUCUCCCACAAAGAAGACACAGUGCUGGGCUUCCGGGUCCACAGGAUGCUGCAGGCAGAUUUCCUGCAGGCCGCCCAGGUCACCAUCUACGACUACUACGAGCCUUGUGAGCAGGGGUCUGGGGCUGACGGGGAAUCCCUCAAGGGGACCUGGUCUUCGAGAAGGUGCAGCGCCUUCUACAACCUGCCUAAAGAGCAACCUUCCCUGCGAAAGAUCUGCCACAGUGAAGUCUGCAGAUGUGCCGAGGAACAGUGCCCUUCCCUGAGGAAGGACAGCAGCACAAUCAAGAAGUCCGAACUGCAAGUGGAGGCCUGUGAGACUGGCGUGGACUUUGUGUACAAGGUCAAGCUGGAGGAAGUGGAAACCUCGGCAUCCAACCCCUACAUCUACUACAACAUGCAGCUCCAAGCCAUCAUCAAGAGCGGCACGGACUCUGCCCUACCCCUCACCAGGAAGAAGUUUGUCUCCCACACCAACUGCUAUGACGCCUUAGGGCUGCAAGAACAGGAGACAUAUCUGAUCAUGGGCCAGGCCUCAAGCCUGUGGAGAAUCAAAUCUGAUUACAAAUAUGUCCUGGACAAGAAGACAUUCCUCAUGCGUUGGCCAGAUGAUGGGGAUGUGGGCAACAAGGAAUUGCUGGACCAGCUGGAGGAGUUUUCAGAAUAUAUGCGUAGCCAUGGCUGUCAGUCUUGA